AAUGAAUCUUAGGUCAAAUUACUGAAUUAGUGAUUCGAAUUCCUAGGGUUUUGAUUGAAAAAAUAAAAGAUAAAAAGAACUCAGUGAGAGCAUAGCAUAUGAACAUUUCCCGCCGGCACUUCACUCACUCUCCCUCUGAGCUGCUGCGUUUUGGGGGAAAAAAAUGUCUGCAAUUAAUCAGAUUGUAUCCACUUCAAUCUCCUCAUCCUCCUCCGCUUUUCUCGGUCAAAACAAGCUCAACAACAUCAAGCCAUCCAAUGUAGCGAUUGCAGGGAAAAUUGGUGUGGCGGUGAAAUGUGUCGCCUCACCGUCUGCAGAAAAGACUGCCUACACGACGAAGGUGUCGCGCAAUGAAAACAUGGCUAAACUUCAAGCUGGCUACCUCUUUCCAGAGAUUGCGAGACGAAGAUCUGCUCACAUGUCGAAAUAUCCUGAUGCGCAAGUGAUCAGCCUCGGAAUUGGUGACACAACCGAGCCAAUUCCAGAAGUUAUUACUUCUGCUAUGGCACAGAGAUCAUAUGCACUGUCGACAAUAGAUGGUUACAGUGGUUAUGGAGCUGAACAAGGUGAAAAGAAAUUAAGAGCUGCCAUUGCUUCAACCUAUUAUGCAAACCUUGGCAUAGAGGAAGAUGAUAUAUUUGUGUCCGAUGGUGCCAAAAGCGACAUAUCUCGCCUUCAGGUUCUUUUCGGGUCUACUGUGACAAUGGCAGUUCAGGACCCAUCUUAUCCGGCUUAUGUUGACUCGAGCGUCAUUCUGGGUCAGACUGGGCAGUUUCAGAAAGACGUAGAGAAGUAUGGAAAUAUUGAAUAUAUGAGGUGUACACCAGAAAAUGGUUUCUUCCCUGACUUAUCCAAAGUCAACCGUACAGACAUCAUAUUCUUCUGUUCUCCCAAUAACCCAACUGGCUAUGCUGCGUCUAGAGAGCAACUAACUAAUCUCGUACAGUUUGCCAAAGAAAAUGGGUCGAUCAUUGUCUAUGACUCUGCCUAUGCUAUGUACGUGUCAGAUGAUAGUCCGCGAUCCAUUUUUGAAAUUCCUGGGGCUAAGGAGGUUGCGCUCGAAGUUUCUUCCUUUUCCAAAUAUGCCGGGUUCACUGGAGUUCGACUCGGCUGGACAGCAAUUCCUAAAGAGCUUCUCUAUUCUGACGGUUUUCCUUUAGCCAAGGACUUUAACCGUAUAGUUUGUACCUGUUUCAAUGGUGCAUCUAACAUUGCACAAUCUGGUGGUCUGGCUUGCGUUUCAGAUGAGGGCAUUAAGCAAACAAUCAACAGAAGCAAAAAAUAUCAUUACUUUUCCCGAAGGGUUUCAUCAAUGGCGGAAUAUCAGCAAAGCUCGAGCAAAUUAUUCUCGAUAUCUUCGUGCGAGGAUCGAGGUUCGUUCGGCUCCUUAAAUUCAGAAGCUUUCGAAGGAGACGAGGAGUUUUACGAGGAGAUCGAGGCGCCGAAGUUCGUCGAUUUCACUGCGCCUGACCAUUACUGCCCUGACGAUCGUUACUGGUUUUGCGGCCGUGUUGGAUGUGACCAAAAGCAUGAGGAAGAAAUGGAUUCAGAGGCAAUCUACAAGAAAUUUGUCCUCAGGGUAAUGGCAGCUAGGAGUCCCAACGUAAGGCUACGAAAAGCACUCGAUAGAAAUACCACAAGAAAAUCCCCACUUUCAGCUCCUCCGAAACCUUCCAAGCCAAGAUUAUCAACAAUGGCCAUUGGUGAAAACGGACGAGACCGAGAAAGAACUGUGAGGCCCGUUCAGAAGCCCGUGUCCACACCAGUGAUGAAAACAAAGCCCGUUUCGGCUAAGUAUCUCACGACCCCAAGGAAUAAGAAUUGCACGCCAAACCAAAAUCCCUUUCGCAGUGUACAGAUUCCGAAGCCUGCAACAGACACUGAUAAGGACUCGAAAAAUAGUAGAGCUGUGGCUAAAGCACUGGUUUUUAAAUCCCCGAAGAAGAAAAUAAUAAAGGUGAAGGCUUCUGUUGAACUCCUCCGCACUCCAUCCUCGAGAUUAUGUCAAGGAAUGAAUAAGCUUCAUAUUUCGAACAAAUCGUCAAAGAGUUUGAACAGAAGUUGCUCGAGCAGACAAUUAAGUGAUCGGAAGGUUCAAAGGAAACCUGAGGAGAUGAUAUGUAUUAAAUCUUGUGCUAGUAAAGAAUCUGAAUCUGGAAAAUCUAUUAAAAAUAAGACCAAUGGAAAGAUAUCGAACGGAGAAGCUCGUUUGCCUUCACUGGGGCCACCAUCUAUGCAGAAUUCAGGAGAUUUCGCCUUACCAGAUGAUGAUUCAAAAAGAGACCUUGAAGGGAGUGAGAGUUCAAGGUCUAAAGUUUUAAAUGAGCAGGAUAAUAAUAAUAGCAAUAUUGUGAAUGAUUCAUUUCAAGAUAUAAGAGAGAAGGAUGAAUACAUGGAUGAUGAUAAUAACAAAGAAAAUGCUACAGCCUCUGAUGAAAACAGGAUGCGCAGCAAGAAUCCAAAGCAAAAUGGUAAAAAAAUAUUUGCCAUGCACGAUCAGUGCAGUCAAGUUAAAAAGAAGGUUACUCAAGCACAGGAUAAGAUCCCAAAAGUGGGCUUGAUGAUUGCCUCUAGCCCAGUGGUGAAGCUCAAUAAACCGAAGCCCACAAAUCCUAAACCAUUUAGGCUAAGAACUGAUGGACUUGAGAUGCCAAAAGGGCAACAAAGAUCAAAAUCAGUAGCUUCUUCAUCGAUUGCACCAGAAAGUGAAAAACAUCAGGAGAAAAAAAAAGUGGUCGCGAGUUCCCCUCUCAAGAGCAAGGCAAUGCAAAGGUUGGAGAAAUUUAGGAAAAUCAGUUCUUCUGUUCAGAAACUUUCUGUUCGGCCUCAAGGGGUCGUUUCAACAAACAAUGAUGAAAUGGUUUCCUUCCUGAUUCCCGGUCAAAAACUCGACGUCAUUCACGAAAAUUCUCCUGAGGUUUUGGAACUAAAGAGAGCCUCAAAGACAAAUGCAACUCCAACCCAAAUGCAGCAAGAACAUGCAGUAAGAAAGUACAAUAGUUUUACGUGUGUCCCUCACAAGUAAUUCUUCCGAGUUUGAAUUGUGUGUGUGUGUUGUACGUAGCAGUGUUACGUCAGUUUUCUUCAUUCGUUUAUUGAAUUGUAUUCAUUUCUUGGCCAUUGUUUUUCCAAAUAUGUGUUUCAGAGUGAAAAAUUCAUCAAGAAGGUAUUUAUUUUGGUGUUUUCUUGUCGUAGUCUGCGUAAUAAUAUCAAAUUGUAAUAGAGAGGGUUUAUUAAAUUGUGACCACCUUGUUGUAACUUUGGAGAAGAAAUUAUUCAUUUUAUUUACAUACAGA